ACUUAGCAAUAAGUGAUUUGUGUUUCAAAUGGAAAGGCCCUUGUUUAAGUUUUCAUUAUGGGUUCUUCUUGUUAUAGUUUUCGUUCAAAUGAAUGGAUGCAGAGCUUGCUUGGAAAAAGAGAGGAUAGGUUUGCUGGAGUUCAAGGCUUUCCUAAAAUCAAACUGUGAGCUUAUUGACAAUCUUGAUUCAUGGGUUGAAGAUCGAAUGAGCGACUGUUGUGGUUGGGAUAGAGUUAAGUGCAAUACCACCUCCCGGCGUGUCGUUGAUCUCUCUCUCAAUGAGGUCUUAACGUUUUCAGAUCCUAAAACUUGCAGUCUAAAUCUCUCCAUGUUUUAUCCUUUUGAAGAACUGCUCGGCCUUGAUUUAUCUGAUAAUUGGUUUUAUGGUUGGAUUCACCCAGCAGCAUUCGCUAAUCUGAAGUUUUUGAAAACAUUGGAUAUGAGUUCUAAUUAUUUCAAUGGCAGCAUCUCAAUGGAAGCAUUCGCUAACCUGAAGCUUUUGGAAACAUUGGAUAUAAGUUAUAAUGAUUUCAGUGGCAGCAUCUUAAUGGGAGGAUUCUGUGGAUUGAAAAGCCUCGUUAAGUUGGAUCUCAGUAACAAUCACUUCUCUGGUCCACUUCCUCAAUGUCUUGGCAACUUAAGCAACCUCCGAUAUCUUGAUCUCUCAUCCAAUAAGUUCAGUGGCAACAUGCAAUCCGUUGUUUCUAAACUGACAUCCAUUAAGCGCUUGUUACUUUCUGGCAAUAAGUUUGAAGGCUUAUUCUCAUUUAGUGUUUUGGCUAACCACUCAAAGCUUGAGAUGUUUCAACUUUCAUCAGGAGGUAGUAAGCUAGAAGUGGAAACAGAAAAUCCUACAUGGUUUCCUACAUUUCAAUUGAAGAUCUUUCACAUGUCAGAGUGCCACUUAAAUGUGAGAACAAGAAAAAUUCCUAGUUUCUUGCUCUACCAGCAUGGCAUGCUAUCAAUUGAUCUCUCUCAUAGUAAGCUGGUUGGAGAAUUCCCCAGUUGGAUCUUACAAAAUAACUCAAGGUUACAAGUUAUGAAUUUGAUGAACAACUCAUUGAGGGGAACUUUUCAGCUACCAAAUUUCAAUCAUAAUUUGUUCAAGUUAGAAAUUUCGAACAAUAACAUCACGGGUCAGCUCCCUAAGGAAUUUGGUUUGGUCCUCUCAAAUCUAGUGUAUAUAAACAUUUCAAGGAACAGUUUUCAUGGUAUUCUUCCUUUCUCAAUUGGUGAGGUAAGGGGUCUACUUUUAAUGGAUUUAUCCAAUAAUAAUUUCUCAGGAGCGUUGCCAGGAAGUAUGCUUGGGAAUUGUACCGAUUUAAAUGCUCUGUAUCUAUCAAACAACAACUUCAGUGGAAUGAUAGGUGUGGACAUCAACGCCGACCCAUCUGUUAUAGACAUAUCAAAUAACAAACUGUCAGGUACAAUUCCAAUACAAUUAUGCAAUGUGAGCAGACUUGUAAUUUUAGACCUCUCAGAAAAUUGUUUAUCUGGGUCUAUGCCUUCUUGUUUCGAUUCUUCGUCUUUGAGGUUCUUGUUUCUACAAAAGAAUAGUCUAAGUGGCUCUAUACCUUAUGUGCUUCCUAGAAAUCCAAAUUUAAUGGCACUUGACCUGAGAGAUAAUAAGUUUACUGGGAAUAUUCCAUCUUGGAUCAAUCAGCUUUCACAAUUGCGUGUGCUUUCAUUAGCAGGGAAUGCAUUACAAGGUCAUAUUCCUAAUCAGUUGUGUCAAUUGAGAGAUGUGCAUAUAAUGGAUCUUUCACGCAAUGCACUUUUUGGCUCCAUACCUUCAUGCUUUAAUAAUAUGUCAUUUUCGAAAAAUGCAUCUUUUGGAGAUUUGGAAGACCAUAAUUUUUCAGUUCCAUUUCGAAGUUUGGAGGUCGCCAUGUUUCCGUACAUUUUCUCUCUUGGAUUGGAUGUGACGGAUUUUUUUCAUUGGUCUCAUUCACCAUUUGUAAAAGUGGAAUUUGCAAUGAAGUAUAGGUAUAAUAUCUACAAGGGUGACAUCAUCAACUUGGUGGCUGGAAUCGAUUUGUCAUGCAAUGAUUUAACUGGUCACAUUCCUCAAGAAAUUGGAGACCUUCAUGAAAUUCUAUCAUUGAACUUGUCUCACAAUCACUUAUCAGGAUUUAUACCAGUUAGUUUUUCAAAUUUAAAGAUCUUAGAGAGUCUAGAUCUUAGCUACAACAAUUUAAGUGGUGAAAUCCCUAAUCAACUAGUUGAGUUGAAUUUUUUGGAAAUUUUUGAUGUUUCAUACAACAAUUUGUCAGGUAAAAUUCUUGAUAAAGGACAAUUUGAGACCUUCGUUGAAAGCAGUUACAGAGGUAAUCCUGGUCUUUGCGGACCAACCAUUUAUAGGAGCUGCAAUGCUAGUCAAGUUCUAGCAACACCGCUAUCAAAUGAUACAAAAUUAGAAGAAGAAGAUGGAGAUGGUAUUGACAUGGUGUGGUUCUAUUGGAGUUUCAGUGCAUCCUAUGUCACAAUCCUAUUCAUAUUGAUAGUAAUUCUCUGCAUCAACAGGCAUUGGCGCAUGUAUUGGUUUUACUUGGUUGAUGCCUGUAUUUAUUUUAUUUCCAUUCGGCUUUUUGGAACUGAUUGUCUAUGCGUGUAGGGUGAUGCUAGGGCUUGAAGAAAAGGAGGGAUACAUGUGUCAAUUUUUGCAUAUGCUCAACCAUUAAUUGUUGAGUUUCUCUGUUUCAGGUGUAUUAAUAAUGCCUAAAAUGUUCCUCUGUAUUAGGCUUGUCAUGCACUCUUGUGAUAAAUGGAUUUUCCAUUUUUUUAUAA